AUGGCAUGUACAUUGAGCACCACAGAUUUCCUGAAUGCCUUCAGCCAAAUGAUAGCCACCAGGGGAAGACCGGAAGAAGUUACAAGUGAUAAUGGGACAAACUUUGUAGGAGCGAAGAGAGAGCUCAGAGAACUUGUUCAAGCAAUGGACCAGGUAGAGAUCACGGCUAAGAAAACUCUGAAAGCAAUAGUUGGAAACUCUGGGCUAACCGACGACGAGCUGCAGACUGCUAUCAAGAAAGUAGAAGCAUUGAUGAACUGGAGACCAUUGAUGUAUGAAGGAGCUGACCCGCGAGACGAGCCAGUGUGGACACCUUACCACUUCUUAGUUGGGCAGCUAGGAGGACAACUAGCACCUGCAGUUAUCGAUGACAUAGCAUUUAAUCUCAGGAACCGUUGGAGACUGAUUCAGAACCUGGUGAGGGUGUUCUGGAAGCGCUGGAGAGAAGCGCAUCUGUCAACACUUAACACGCGAAAGAAAUGGAGUGAGGCCAAAGAAAAUCUGAAGGUUGGGGAUGUAGUGCUUGUUGUCCAUCAGAAUGCUCCACGUGGUCAGUGGCAUUUGGGUCGAGUGGAAGAAUUGUUUCCAGCUAAGGAUGGACAGGUGUGCGUCGUCCAAGUGAGCACAAGAGGCCAGAAGUUUAUACGCCCGAUAACUAGACAAUGCCCGUUGAACGUCGCAGGCCAGCCAGAUUACGAACCCUAG